UUUUGCAGGAUAACAAAGCCAUUGACCUUUGCAGAUUGUGUUGGAGACGAACUUCCUUUAGGAUGGGAAACCGUAUAUGAUAAACAAAUUGGAAUUUAUUACAUGGACCACAUAAAUCAGCUUACUCAGAUUGAGGAUCCAAGAGAACAGUGGAGGCGAGAGCAGGAGCGGAUGUUGAAGGAAUAUUUAAUUGUAGCCCAGGAGGCUCUCAAUGCCAAGAAAGAAAUCUACCAGAUUAAGCAGCAGCGGUUUGAACUGGCUCAAGAGGAAUACCAGCAGCUGCACAAGAUGUGCGAGGACGACAGCCGCUCAUACGCCAGCUCUUUCUCUGGAUAUUCGACAAAUACAAAGUACGACCCACACCAAAUUAAAGCAGAGAUAGCCAGUCGUCGGGACAGGCUUUCCAGAUUAAAACGAGAGCUGACCCAGAUGAAGCAGGAACUGCAGUACAAAGAAAAGGGGGUGGAGACCCUGCAAGAGAUCGAUCGCAAGAUGUCAAGCGCUCACACCAACUAUAAGCUGGACGAGGCACAGGCUAUCAUGAGUGAGCUCCGGACCAUCAGGAAAGCCAUCUGUACGGGCGAGAAGGAGCGGCGGGACCUGAUGCAGAGCUUGGCCAGGCUCACGGAUGGCUUCAGGAACAGCUGCUCCAUCACUGACUCACUGCAGGACCUCCCUCUCCACCCAGGCCUGGGCGAGCCUGCCUUACCGCAGCAGCUCUGUGAUGCCGGGUCUCAGACUGACGUCAUUGGGGAGUUUGUCUUUGAUGAUAAAACAAGACUUGUAGACCGAGUCAGACUUAACUGGCAGUAUGAGGAAGCCAGAAAGAGGUAAGAAGUGCGCGUCCCCAGCUUGUCUUCU